AUCGACUCGAGGGAUGUAGUACUGACCUCAUUGAGAUAUGAAUUAUGCUUGGGUACGAAGAAUUUCAACCGAUCACCCUUAACCUAAUGAUUAAUUUCAAGUUUACAUGCAUUAAUUUUUGCGACAUAGAAGAGAAAGAUGGAGCCUCCCAGGACUACUGUGAUGAGACCAAAACACAAUAUCCAUGCAACCCUAACAAGGGCUACUAUGGCCGAGGAGCAUUGCAACUAACUUGGAACUACAACUAUGGACCGGCGGGGAGCAACAUCGGGUUUGACGGUUUGAACUCACCGGAAACAGUGGCCAAAGACCCUGUCAUCGCGUUUAAGACAGCGUUGUGGUAUUGGUUGACCAAUGUUGAGCAGGUGACAGGGAAAGGGUUUGGACCUACCAUCCGAGCCAUUAAUGGAGAUCGGGAAUGCGACGGUAAAAAUCUGAACAGCGUUAAUGAUAGGAUUGGGUACUACAAACAGUAUUGCAACCAAUUUGGCGUUUCCCCUGGGGACAACCUUAGUUGCUAGCUAGACUUUGAAUUUUAGAACCUAUUUAAUGUCUUUUCUCACCCUUUUUUUGUUGUAAUUCUAAUAAUAUGAGCUCCUUAGCAAGCUCUGAAUUUUCUUUAAAUGAAUAACUCAAGCAAUA